UAUUUUACCUUGUAUGAAUCAUAUAUUUACCUUGUAUAAGUAAUAUAUCAUAGUAUUAUAUUUGUUUAUUUCAGAGGAGAUAUUGCACUGAUUGGUCUGGCAGUUAUGGGUCAGAAUCUCAUCCUAAAUAUGAAUGACCACAAGUUUACAGUUGUGGCAUUUAAUAGGACUGUAUCAAAAGUUGAACAGUUCUUAGCAAAUGAGGCAAAAGGGACGAACAUCAUUGGAGCAACAUCAUUAGAAGAUAUGGUAUCGAAGUUAAAGAAGCCACGUAGAGUUAUGCUUCUUGUCAAAGCUGGUCAAGCAGUUGAUGCUUUCAUCGAGAAACUGGUUCCACUUUUGGAAAAGGGAGAUAUAAUUAUUGAUGGUGGAAAUUCAGAAUACAGGGACACCAAUAGAAGAUGUAAAGAAUUAGCAGCUAAAAACCUUCUGUAUGUGGGUAGUGGAGUGAGUGGUGGAGAAGAUGGGGCUAGGUAUGGUCCCUCACUUAUGCCAGGGGGCGCUGGGGAAGCUUGGCCAUUUAUCAAGGAUAUAUUCCAGUCUAUAUCAGCAAAGUCUAAUGGUGAACCAUGUUGUGACUGGGUAGGACCUGAGGGAGCAGGACAUUUUGUUAAGAUGGUUCACAAUGGUAUAGAAUAUGGUGACAUGCAGCUGAUAUGUGAAUCUUACCACCUGAUGAAAGAUAUCCUAGGACUGUCUCAGGAUGAAAUGGCACAGGUGUUUGAUGAUUGGAAUAAAGGUGAUUUAGACUCCUUCCUCAUUGAAAUCACUCGUGACAUUAUGAAGUUCAAGGACUCUGAUGGGAAAUAUCUUCUAGAGAAAAUUCGUGACACUGCUGGCCAAAAGGGUACUGGCAAGUGGACAGCAAUAGCCUCUUUAGAAUAUGGUGUUCCUGUUACAUUAAUUGGUGAAGCAGUAUUUUCAAGAUGUUUAUCAGCAUUACAAGCAGAAAGGGUUCAUGCCAGUUCCCAAUUAAAAGGACCAGAUGCACUAAAGUUUAAAGGGGACAAGAAACAAUUUAUUGACAACAUUCGACAGGCCUUAUAUGCCUCUAAGAUUGUGUCAUAUGCUCAGGGCUUCAUGUUGAUGAGAGAAACAGCUAAAGAAUUAGGCUGGAAACUCAACUUUGGUGGUAUAGCUUUAAUGUGGAGAGGAGGGUGUAUAAUAAGAAGCCGAUUCUUGGGAAAUAUCAAACAAGCUUUUGAAAAAAACCCAGACCUUAGCAAUCUGUUACUGGAUGAUUUCUUUAAAGCAGAGAUACAGAAAAGUCAGGCAGCAUGGAGGAAUGUAGUAUCUACAGCAGUGUUACAUGGUAUACCUACCCCGGCAUUCAGCACUGCCCUAGCUUUCUUUGAUGGCUACAGAUCUGCAAGACUACCUGCAAACCUGUUACAGGCACAGAGAGACUAUUUUGGUGCACAUACAUACGAGUUACUGGAUAAACCAGGAGAGUUUAUACACACCAACUGGACAGGUCAUGGCGGCAAUGUGUCAUCUUCUACAUAUUCAGCAUAGACAAAACUACACAGUUCUUACCAUGAUAAUACUUCUCAUAUAUGUGCUGUAUAAUGAUAUCACUUGAAAUGUGCUUGUUAAACAUCUUAAAUGACAUACAUAAAGUAAAUGAGUUUUUACUUCACAAAAUUCUUGAAAUAAAUUGUUGAAAUAAAUGAAUAUAUAUGUUUUAUAUACAUAAUACAUAACUUUGUUACGACAAUACUUUAAUAAUGCAAUUUACAAAUUUUUUUACACAAAUCAUGUGCUUGAAAAUGGUAGCAGGUUUUUUUACAUAUUGUGUUAAAGGUGUAGCCAGAUUAAAUAUUAAGUAAUUGUCUAUAAUAACAUUACUGUUUUUAUUUACACAAUUUAUGUUUCAACUGCUGUGGUAAAAUACUAGAGACUGACUCCUGACUACAGUGUUUAGCUGAACAAUAACUAACUGAUACUCAAUCUUAUUUCAUUUAAAUUAUUUAAUUUGUCAUUUUACUUUACAGUAAUUUGACCCCAUUCAAAUAAGCUUUUCAAUACUAGGGUAGUAUGAAACAUACUCCUUGAUAAAUAUAGUUCUACAUUGAGUAUUUUUGUUGCAUUUGUGUGUGUUUCAUAUGCAUGUGAUAUUUGUUAUAAUAUAGUAAAUGUUUAUGUAUAUUAAUUAUCCUCAAUAUAUUGUUAUGAUACACUUGUCUUUAACCAUAAAUAAAGUCAGAUAUGGAUUUUUGAAUUGAUUUUAGUUAGUAUUAAAAUAACAUCUUGAUGUACUUGGUAUUAAUUAACUGUCUAUCUCCACUUACAAUUGUACUAUACUUAUUACAAUUAACUGAUUGCUUUUUUAUGGAAAUUUGUUGAAUAAUGUUGAAAGUUGACAGAUAUGUUACUUAUGUUGAUUCUGUUACUGGGAAAAACAAAACAUAUAAAAUAAUGAUAAUUCUAGUAAGAAAAUUCUCAUCAAUUUUAAGAAGUCAUUCUACUGAUAAAGUUUAUGUUAACAGCAUUAUUUUGCAUAUUAACUCAUAUUUAAAUAACUGAAAUUGUUUGUACUGUAUUUCCUAGUAGUUUCUGCUGUAUCAAAUGUCAUAUUUCUCCACAUUUUAACUUACUUUACCUAUAUUUUUUAAAUCACCACUCCAUGUCCUUCUGACCUUUUUUACCCAUAUUUAGUUCCCAUGUAUAAGUGAUGUUGAGUGUUGUAUGAAUUUGUUAUAAAGUAUACAGUUAGCUAUAGUUUUCUCUAAAAAUAAUCAAUGAUUUCAAAUAUCUACUCAUUUUUAAGUCCCUACUUUAGAUCAUAUCUAUAUUAUUUAUAUAUAAUAUAAAAUUAUUUUUUUAUAUACAUGUAUUAUUGUAUAUGUAAUAUUCAGAGAAAUCUUAUUCUUAAUGUUUCUUCUUGAAUUUCUUUGUAAUUAUUCAGAUUAUCAUUAUUUUGUAAAUGAGCCGCGUCACGACAAAACCAACAUAGUGCGUUUGCGACCAGCAUGGAUCCAGACCAGCCUGCGCAUCCGCGCAGUCUGAUCAGGAUCCAUGCUGUUCGCUAUCAGUUUCUCUACUUGUAAUAGGGUUGGUAAGCGAACAGCAUGGAUCCUGAUCAGACUGCGCGGAUGUACGGCUCAAAUGUUAAUUAUAUUAUUGUAACAUACAAUAUAAGAUAUAAUCACAUUACAGCCCUGGGGUUAAAAUUGGCCCUGCCCUAGACACCCCUGUUAAAAAAAUUUAAAAAAGGAAAAACUUUUUUUCUUUAAUUUUCUUUUUUAAGAUUUGUUUUAACCAUUUAUAGGUUUGCUUUUUAGAAAACUUUAAAGGUGGAGCAUUGCCCCGCCUAGCAGUGGCUCUUGUUUUGCUAAUAUAUUGAGAAAUAUUAUUUCUGAAAAAGAUGUUUGCUAAUCACAUUCAAAUAUCUUAAACAAUAUAUUAAUGAACAAUUCAAAUAUCUGUUUGUAUAAAUUAUUAUUUAAGUAAAUCAGAGAAUAAAACAUCUAAAAUUUUAAAA